AUGCUGCGCGCAGCUUUCCGAGCGGUGGGUCGCGCCGCUGUCCGCUGCGGGCGUGAUUCCAGCCAGGCUAGUGCCCGCAAGUUCGCGAUGUCCCGACCGCCGCCUCCCGGGGCCGCCUCGGCCUCCCCAACUCGACCCGCCACGAUCCUGGGCACCAUGGAGAUGGGGCGCCGUAUGGACGCGACCGCCAGCGCCGCGUCCUUGCGCGCCUUCCUGGAGCGCGGCCACACCGAGCUGGACACGGCCUUCAUGUACUCCGAUGGCCAGUCCGAGAGCAUCCUAGGCGGCCUGGGGCUCGGGCUGGGCCACGGUGACUGCAGAGUGAAAAUUGCCACGAAGGCCAACCCUUGGGAUGGGAAGUCACUGAAGGCUGACAGUCUCCAGUCCCAGCUGGAGACGUCGCUGAAGCGGCUGCAGUGUCCCCGAGUGGACCUGUUCUACUUACACGCACCUGACCACGGCACCCCUGUGGAGGAGACCUUGCAUGCCUGCCACCAGCUGCACCAGGAGGGCAAGUUUGUGGAGCUUGGCCUCUCCAACUAUGCCUCCUGGGAGGUGGCCGAGAUCUGUACCCUCUGCAAGAAGAAUGGCUGGAUCCUGCCGACCGUGUACCAGGGCAUGUACAACACCACCACACGGCAGGUGGAAACAGAGCUGCUCCCCUGCCUCAAACACUUUGGAUUGAGAUUCUAUGCCUACAACCCUUUGGCUGGGGGCCUGCUGACCGGCAAGUACAAGUACGAGGACAAGGACGGGAAGCAGCCCGAGGGCCGCUUCUUUGGGAACUCCUGGGCCGAGACGUACAGGAACCGCUUCUGGAAGGUGCACCACUUCGAGGCCAUCGCCCUGGUGGAGAAGUCCCUGCAGGCCACCUAUGGCCCCAGCGCGCCCAGCAUGACCUCCGCCGCCCUGCGGUGGAUGUACCACCACUCAAAGCUGCAGGGUGCCCAUGGGGACGCGGUCAUCAUUGGCAUGUCCAGCCUGGAGCAGCUGCAGCAGAACCUGGCUGCAGCUGAGGAAGGACACCUGGAACCAGCUGUGGUGGACGCGUUUGACCAAGCCUGGCACCUGGUUGCCCACGAGUGUCCCAACUACUUCCGCUAGUCGUCAGUGUGCCAUAAGCUGCCAGGGCUUCCUGCUGCCUGUCUGAGUCUCACAGCCGCCAUGGCCAGUCGUUGCCUUAUGCUGGCUUGGAUCCGUGCAGUAUUUUUGUGGAUUCAGGCCCUGCUCCCCAUUGCCUUCAUAAUGUGGACAGGCUGGGGCUGAGCCCUGUACCAGCAUUCCCUGUCCUAAUAAAGCAGGCACCUGACCUGGCUGCAGCCAGGCCUGUAGUGAACCCCAGAAUGCAUCCUCUGCCGCUCCCAUCCACUCCCCUGAGCCGCCUGGGGCCCUACGAGAAUGGCUGAAGCCACGAGCUCCAUUCUCCAGAGAGUUAAGAUUUUGUUUGCUUUUUGUUUUGGUUUCUCAAGGUAGGAUCUUGCUGUAGCCAGGGCUGACUUUGAAUUCACUGUAUAAUCUCACAGUGGCCUCGAACUCACGGCGGUCCUCCCUCCCAAGUGUUGGGAUUAAAGGCAUGCUCCACCAUGUCCGGCUUUCCAGAGAGUUAGGAUGUCAGGGGGUCUCAAGAGCACACUGCCCCGUCCAGGGUCUCCUCACAGUGUCCUGAUCCAGCGCCACCUCUCUUCUUCAAGUGAUAGAAAAAGGCCAGGUGUAGGCUUAUACACCUGUAACCCCAGGACUCAUGAGCCAGAGGCAAGGGGGUUGCUGCAGGGGCUGUCAGGCUGAUCUAAUUAUUGAGUUCCAGACCAAUUAUGGCUGUAUAAGGACAUCCUGCCUCAAAAGACCAAACAAACAAAUAUCCCGAUAGAAUAAACAGACCAUAUACCUUCA